AUGCGUUCGGCGGCGCUGGCCGGAUUGAAAACCAUGGCGUGGGUACCGGCGGAGUCUGCAGUGGAAGAGUUAAUGCCCCGGCUGUUGCCGGUAGAGCCCUGCGACUUGACGGAAGGUUUCGAUCCCUCGGUACCCCCGAGGACUCCUCAGGAAUACUUGAGGCGGGUCCAGAUCGAAGCAGCUCAAUGUCCAGAUGUUGUGGUAGCUCAAAUUGACCCAAAGAAGUUGAAAAGGAAGCAAAGUGUGAAUGUUUCUCUUUCAGGAUGCCAGCCUGCCCCUGAAGGUUAUUCCCCAACACUUCAGUGGCAACAGCAGCAAGUAGCACAGUUUUCAACUAUUCGACAGAGUGUGAACAAACAUAGAAAUCACUGGAAAUCACAACAGUUGGAUAGUAAUGUGACUAUGCCAAAAUCCGAAGAUGAAGAAGGCUGGAAAAAAUUUUGUCUGGGUGAAAAGUUAUAUGCUGAAGGUGCUAUUGGACCAGCUACCAGUGAAAGUCCUGGAAUUGAUUAUGUACAAAUUGGUUUUCCCCCCUUGCUUAGUAUUGUUAGCAGAAUGAAUCAGGCAACAGUAACUAGUGUUUUGGAAUACCUGAAUAAUUGGUUUGGAGAAAGAGACUUUACUCCAGAACUGGGAAGAUGGCUUUAUGCUUUGUUGGCUUGUCUUGAAAAACCUUUGUUACCUGAGGCUCAUUCACUGAUUCGGCAGCUUGCAAGAAGGUGCUCUGAAGUGAGGCUCUUAGUGGACAGCAAAGAUGAUGAGAGGGUUCCUGCUCUGAAUUUAUUAAUCUGUUUGGUUAGCAGGUAUUUUGACCAACGUGAUUUAGCUGAUGAGCCAUCUUGAUGUAACUGAUCUCUCAAGGACAGAAGAUAUUUCCGAUGAAGGCAGCCUAAGUCUGAAGAAGUACAAUGCCAGUUCAAUACAGACUGCAUCAGAUCUUCCAACACUAUGUGAAGGGUCCUCAUCUUAACCUGUGCAACUCAAGUUGAUAUUCAGAUCACAGAUUGUAUUGAUUUGGAUGUUUGGAAUUUCUAUGGGAAAUCCCACCUGGUUUUUGAUGAAAAGUUUGAACAGUUUUCUAGAAUCACAUGCAUUUAAAACAAAUUGAGUGCCAUUUAAUGGUGAAGCAGCAUUUAUAGAAACUGAAUAAUGAAAUUUUAUGGAGGUCCUUGGUGCUGUUUUAUUGUUUAUUUACCUAUAUACAUAGAAAAUUUUUAUUAAAAAUGUGUUUUGGUUACUAAAAUUUUGUUUGGGUCUUGAGCAAAAGACAAUGGAUGUCCUUAUUAUUAGAAUAAAAAUAAUCUAGAUUAAAUGGCAAAUGUGUUAUAGUCAACAAUAAAAUUAAUCAGGUUUUCCCUUUAA